GGCCUUCACCAUGGGCAACAAGCAGACAGUCUUCACUCAUGAGCAGCUGGAAGCAUAUCAGGACUGUACCUUCUUCACGAGGAAGGAAAUCAUGAGGCUCUUCUAUCGCUACCAGGACCUGGCCCCCCAGCUUGUCCCCCUCGACUAUACCAACUGCCCUGACGUGAAGGUGCCGUAUGAGCUCAUUGGCAGCAUGCCUGAGCUGAAGGACAACCCGUUCCGCCAGAGAAUCGCCCAAGUCUUCUCCGACGAUGGGGAUGGCCACAUGACCUUGGACAACUUCCUGGAUAUGUUUUCUGUGAUGAGCGAAAUGGCUCCCCGUGACCUCAAAGCUUACUAUGCUUUUAAAAUCUAUGACUUUAACAACGAUGACUACAUCUGUAUGUGGGACCUGGAGCAGACGGUGACCAAGUUGACACGGGGGGAGCUGAGUGCUGAGGAGGUGACCCUGGUAUGCGAAAAGGUGCUGGAUGAGGCCGAUGGGGACCACGACGGGCGACUGUCCCUGGAAGACUUCCAGAACAUGAUCCUGCGGGCCCCCGACUUCCUCAGCACCUUCCACAUCCGCAUCUGAAGGCACCACUGAGGAGCGCAGGGCGACCCCUCACCCCACCAUGGAAUCUGGGCUCUGGGAAUAAACACAUAUCACUGAGUCACA